AUGGCUCGGAGUUUGCUUGAUGACGAACGCUCUGUUGAGCUGUCAUCUAUCGCGGCCAUCUAUCCGGAAAUCAAGCUCGACCCUUCGUUCUCUUUUAGGGCAACUCUAGAUAUACCUGUCAAUCCUUCACCACCUUUACGGAUCUGUUUCGAGCAAUAUUCGGAGACUGAACUUCCAACUGUCCUGACUCCGCCCACAUCCCUUGAUGUUAGUGAAAUUAGCUUGGGCUUCGCAACCAAAACAGUUGAUGGAGGCACCACGGCAAGCUCCGAUGAAGAUGUGCAUGUCCUAUCACACCUGCCCCCGCUUUGUCUGGAAAUCGAAUUGCCCGGUGGCUACCCAUCAGAGCAAUCCCCAAUCAUUAAGCUUAGCACAGAUCCUGCGUGGCUGCCCUCUUCGAUCAUCUCCAAGCUAUUAGAUGAUGGGAAACGCCUCUGGGAAGAAUGCGGGAGGGAUCUCGUUGUAUAUACUUAUAUCGACCAUCUUCAACAAUUAGCCGAGGCAGCUUUUGGUAUUGAUGACAUACCCGACGGUGAAGUCAGGCUCCCCCGAGAGCUUAAAAUCGCACUCUUAGAUCACAACAAUAAGGCCGAGAGAGAAGCCUUUGAGCAGGAGACUUUCGAGUGCGGAGUUUGUCUUGAGCCGAAAAAAGGAGUAAACUGCCACCGGCUCUUACUUUGUUCGCACGUUUUCUGUGUGCCCUGUCUUCAGGACUUUUACAAUACAUGUAUCACGGAAGGUGACGUGGAGAGUGUUAAAUGUCUGGCUCCGGAUUGCGGCAAGGAAGACAAGUUUGUACGAAGCCAGGAAGGGCAACCCAAAAGACGCAAGAAAAACGACCGGAGUUUGAGCCCUAGCGAGCUACUGCAAAUUCCUCUGGAGCAGGAAACAGUACAGCGUUAUGUCUUUUUGAAACGGAAGAAGAAACUUGAAGCCGAUAAGUCUACUAUAUACUGCCCACGUCAGUGGUGCCAAGGCGCAGCUCGCUCGAAGAGGCAUCCCAAGCCUAUUGACCCCAUGUCGGAUGAUCUAGAUCCCUCCGAUGAUGAGGAUGUAGGACUUGUGUUCGACCCGAAUGGGGAUGAGGCUCAGCUGCCUCCUAUGGCGGAUCGAGUGGCUGUUUGUGAAGACUGCAACUAUGCCUUCUGCUGUGUGUGUAAGAAAGGGUGGCAUGGCGAGCUUGUACGGUGCUUCCCCCGCCGGGAAGCAGAAUUAUCCGCAGAGGAAAAGGCGACAGAGGAGUAUCUAAGGCUGUACACAUCAGCCUGCCCAACAUGCGAUGCACCUUGUCAGAAACGCAUGGGCUGCAAUCAUAUGAUCUGCUUCAAAUGCGACACCCACUUUUGCUAUCUCUGUUCCAGCUGGCUCUCGGAGGACAAUCCUUAUCGCCAUUUUAACGAUGGUAACAGUUCAUGCUACAACAAACUCUGGGACCUAGAGGGUGGUGAUGGAAUCAACCCUGAUGGGGCCGAAGCUCUCCAUCAGAUCCCAAAUGAAUUGAUAGAUUUCGACAGCAGUGAUGAUGAGGACCAGCCUGCCUGGGAUUUUGACGAUGGCGAUCAUCACUUUAGGCGCCAAGGUCACCCUCCACCUCCUGCUCCGGCACCACCUCGUGUCAACCAGAGAGCUGGUGGUCCUGGGCGCCGCGAAGAUGGACGUAACUUGAAUGGUUUAGAUGCAGCAGGCAGGGCUGCAGCGGCUGAGCGACAAGCACAGGCACGGGCAAUGGCUGAGGUACGAGGCCGCCCUGAUCCUGAAGCAAUUAGACGACCUGGUCUUCAACGAUUUUUGGAACUGGUCCAGAACGAUAGAGAAGAUGAAUGGGAUAGCGACGAACUGGAUGAUGAUUUUUGA